GUGGAGCUCAGUCUGUCAGACUUCAGUGAGUGUUUAUGUCGAUACUGAAGACGAAUAUCCUAAUAUAUCCACUCCUAUAUAUCGACUCCUAACCGCGUUUACAAGCGACAGCUACCCGGAUCCACGGCGGGUUUGUGAAAUGUGCCGUUCGGCGUCUUAAAUGUGUUUUCGAGAAGGAAUAUUUUAAGCCUUGAGCAUCGUAGGGUACUAGCGAAGGCUUGUUACGGCCUGGAGUUGCCGGCAUGUUGUUAGACUAUAAGAUUAGCAUCUCAGUUGCGUGCUGCUGUGAGACUGACAACACGAGAUCUUUUGGUUUUGGCACGGGUUAAGAUAUGAGGCCAGGCUGCCCAUUCAUAGUGGACAUUUGAUGGCAGAGGAUCUUCUGUAACUCACCUGCAGCUAAAUGGGACCAGACAGCGGUCAGAUUGUCAGUCAUAUUGUACUAUUGUCAUUCACUGUAAUCCACUCCAAUAGAGAAGAUGAGAGUUUGGGUAGCUGUCGGUUGCAACUUGGCCUUCAUCCUUGUGGACAUUGUAAUCACCACUGUCCUCUACGUCCAGGGAUCUACCGUUGAAGUGUUUGCAGAUGAUGUCCAGGAUUUUGACAUGCACCACUCCGUCCUGGACCUGUGGGGAACCCUCCUCGUCCGCAUCUGCCUCCUCCUCGGUGGCUCCAUCGGGGUGGUCUGGAACAGGAGCGAGGGACCAAAAAGAGCAGCUUGCCUGGACACGCCGGUGGUUCUCACAGGCCUCGUCAUCUUGACCUAUGCCCUUGCCAAGCUGCUGGUGUUCUCCGAGCAAGGUGACCUCAUGUACGACCCGUGGUUCCUCGGACUGUUCUCCUGGACCGUGGUGGCCGCCAUUGCCACCAUGUUUCUCUGGAAGCUUCUGGCCAAGUUGUCGGACCACGGCGUCGUGGACGGAGAAGAGAGCGAAGAGAGGGAGCAGCUGGUGGACGAAAGUGGAGAUGAGGUGGAAGAGGAGGAGGGAGGGACGAGAAAGGGAAGGAAAGGGGCGAAAAAACAGCCGAACUCCGGGGCCACAUUGGGCCAACUGCUGUCGUACUGUAAGAAAGACUCUGGGCUGCUGACCAUCGCCUUCUUCUUCCUCCUUCUGUCCGCAGUGUGUGAGUCCUUUAUUCCCUAUUUCACUGGAAAGGCCAUAGAUGGUAUCGUGAUCCAUAAGAGUAUGGAUUACUUUGCUAAACCCAUGAUUACUCUGUCUUUGUUGGCCCUGGUCAGUUCUCUGGCCAUUGGGGUUCGAGGAGGCUUGUUCUCAUUGACAUUCGCCAGGCUGAACAUUCGGCUACGUAACCUUCUGUUCCGAUCGCUGAUGCAUCAGGAGAUAGGCUUCUUUGAUGCCAACCAUACAGGUGACAUCACCUCUCGGCUGACCUCGGACACCACAGAGGUCAGCGACCUGAUCUCCCAGAACGUCAACCUUUUCCUGCGCAGCUUUGUCAAGGGCGUGGGCUUCUUGAUCUUCAUGUUCGGCAUGUCUUGGAAGCUGUCUCUCGUCACCCUCAUGGGCUUCCCUUACAUCGCUGUGGUCUCCAAGCUCUACGGCCAGUAUUACAAGAAAUUAACUAAAGAGGUCCAGACGUCGCUGGCGCACGCAAACAAAGUGGCCGAGGAGACGAUCUCGGCCAUGCGGACGGUGCGGAGCUUCGCUAAUGAGGAGCAGGAGGCCAACUCAUAUUACGAAAGACUACUGGAGGUCUUCAGACUCAACAAGAAACAGGCUCUGGCCUACGCCUGCUUCAUGUGGUCCACCUGUAUUUCGGAGCUGGCUUUGCAGGUGGCUAUGCUGUUUUACGGGGGCCACUUGGUGAUAACAGAUCAGAUGAGUGGAGGAACCCUUAUUUCCUUCAUCAUCUAUGUGCUGGAACUGGGCGAAUGUCUGGAGAGCAUAGGAGCGGUGUAUACAGGCCUAAUGCAGGGCGUGGGGGCAGCGGAGAAAGUGUUCGAGUACAUCGACAGGAAACCCAAGCAUGGUCUCGAUGGUCUCGAAGCUCCGGACUCAUUCAGCGGCCUGGUGGAGUUCAAGAACGUGACGUUCGCCUAUCCUACGCGACCUGAGACGGCUAUCCUGAAGGAUGUGUCCUUCAGCAUUCGUCCAGGGGAGGUCACUGCACUGGUCGGUCCAUCGGGCAGCGGGAAGAGCUCCUGUGUGUGUCUUCUGGAGAACUUCUACUCUCCUCAACACGGCCAGGUGCUGCUGGACGGCCGGCCGGUUCAAACCUACCAGCACGGCUACCUUCACUCCAGGGUUGCUAUGGUGGGUCAGGAGCCUGUCCUGUUUGCUCGUUCGGUGCUGAAGAACAUCGCCUACGGCCUCAGCGACACUCCGAUGGAUACGGUCAUUGCAGCUGCUACCAAAGCCAACGCUCAUAACUUCAUCUGCAGUCUUCCCAAAGGCUACAACACAGGUGUCGGGGAGAAGGGGACCCAACUGUCCGGAGGGCAGAAGCAGAGAGUGGCCAUCGCUCGCGCCCUCAUCAGGAACCCCUGCGUGCUCGUGCUGGACGAGGCCACCAGCGCGCUGGACGCCGAGAGCGAGCAUGUGGUUCAGGAGGCCCUGAACGGCGUCAUGGAGAACCGCACGGUGCUGGUGAUUGCCCACAGGCUGAGCACGGUGGAGCGAGCCCACAGCAUCAUCGUGCUGGACGGAGGGUCGGUGGUGGAGCAGGGCCGGCAUGCUGAGCUGAUGGCCCGCGGGGGGCUCUACUGCAGGCUGGUCCAGCGGCAGGUGCUGGGGGUUGAACCUGUGCCCAGAGAACCAUCCUUGAGCAGGAAGGCGGGACAGGAGGAGAGCGAAGGAGAGAGCAGCGAGGACGACCAUGGACCAAAAUACUGAGGAACGUCUGAAACUGUCCCGUCCUUAGAAAGAGCACGAUUACAGCAGCAGUCAAAAGUUUGGGCACACCUGAUUGCAUGGAUGUUUUUCAUAAUCUUAAUGACAUUCUGAGAGCCAAAAACAGUUGUGUGCAAAAGUUUGAGCGUUGGUCAUUGGUCAAAUGACUUGUUUUGUUGAGGGGGGUGAGGGAGGGGGGUGAGGGAGGGGGUUGAGUGUUAACACAAGCACUUAGGGGCAGAUACAUCAUGGCGGCCUGUUUGUUAUUGCUUAAUUUCACUAGCUGGCGAAUGCAGGAGGAGGUCUGAUUGCUAACUUUACGUCUGCGUUUAUUAGCCUCUACGUCAGUGGCUUUGCUAGCAGUCAGGACGUCUUCACUGCUGUGGGGGGAUUCCCAGUGGUUGUAUUAGGUAGUUAUGUAAUGCAUGCUGGGGACUGUAGUGAGAGGCAAGCAAAACUGUGAAUUCUUUCAAAUCGUGAAUAACAUAUUACACCACAAAUAGCAUAUUAAACACUAGUUUUAGGGCUCCCGAGUGGCGCAACCGUCUAAGCGUUGGCCCUGUCAUCAGGAGAUCGCGAGUUUGAUCCCUGGUGAUGCUACAGCCAUCCGUAGCCGGGAGUC